AUGGAUUGUGUGGGCUCAACCUUGGGUUCUCUCUUGGCUGAGAUAGGAGGUGGUAUGUGCAAGUCAACUUAUUCUCGUGCUACUUAUACCAUCAGGUUCAAAUCAAACAUCAAGGCUUUGAAGAAAGCGCUCAGUGGCCUUGUGGAAGUUCAGAACAGAGUGAAUAAAGAUCUCAAAACCUUGGAAAUCAAAGGGAAGUCCUUGCUGGUGCAACUGAGGAGAUGGCUAAGAGACGCGGAAGAGGUCGUCUCCGAAGCAAGUUCGAUGCAGGAAGGAGGUGGUUCAUGUGCUCUGUCCUUGAAGUUCAGGUUGAGCAAAAGAGUUGUGGUGAUUCUUCAGAAAGUCAAGAGGCUUGAAAAGCAAGGUGUAGAGCUUCUUGACAUAUUCUCCGUGGAAGGUAAAUCUAUACUAGUUGAAAAAAUCCUUGGACCCUCGGUUCUUGAUCAAACAAUAGCAUCAGAGAUGUUAGUCAAAGUUCUAAGGUGUUUGAAGAGGGAUAAGGUUCAAAAGAUCGGUGUUUGGGGUAUGGGUGGAGUUGGAAAAACAACACUUGUUAGAGAACUGAACAAUAAGCUGUGGAAAGAAGCUUCUACGCAGCCUUUUGGUAUGGUGAUAUGGGCUACAGUGUCCAAAGAGUUUGAACUGGGAAGGGUCCAGAAGCAAAUCGCCGAAAGACUGGAUAUGGAGAUCAAACUAGGCGAAAACGAGGACACACUGGCGAGACGGAUAUAUGGAAGACUUGAGAAAGUAAGUAGCUUUCUUCUCAUUCUUGAUGAUGUCUGGAAAGCCAUUGAUUUACACCAGUUGGGGAUUCCACAAACACAUGGUUCAAAGAUUGUCUUGACUUCUAGAUUUCUAGAGGUUUGCCAUAGCAUAAAAACGGACAUUGACUUCAGAGUGGACUGCUUAUGUGAAGAAGAAGCUUGGGAAUUGUUUUGUCAGAAUGCUGGAGAAGUAACGAGAUCAGAUCGUGUUAGAACCAUCGCAAAAAAGGUUUGUCGGGAAUGUGAUGGAUUGCCUUUGGCUAUCAUCACAGUUGGAAUGGCUAUGCGGGGGAAGAAGAAGGUCGAGCUGUGGAAACAUGCCCUUAAGGAACUCAAGAGCUCGGUGCCUUAUGUGAAAAGUAUUGAAGAAAAGAUCUACCAGCCUCUGAAACUGAGCUACGACUUGCUAGAUAGAAAGAUGAAAUCUUGCCUCCUCUUCUGUGCCUUGUUUCCGGAGGAUUACUCAAUUGAAGUAGCUGAGCUUGUGAGGUAUUGGAUUGCCGAAGGGUUCAUAGAGGAAACACAAAACCAUGGAGACUUAAUGAAUCAAGGAAUUUCCUUGGUGGAGAAUCUGAAAGACUCUUGCUUCCUAGAAGAGGGAGCUCGUGAUGACACAGUUAAGAUGCAUGAUGUGGUUCGUGAUUUUGCCAUAUGGGUUAUGUCUACAACGCAGGAUGAUAGUCACUCUCUUGUCAUGUCUGGUAUAGGCUUGUGCGAGGAGUUUCCAGAGGAGAAGUUCGUUCCUUCUAUCAGAAGAGUUUCUUUGAUGAAGAACAAGCUUAAUAGGCUCCCAGAUCAAGUGGUGAAGUGUGUUGGACUCUCUGCUUUGCUUCUACAAGGAAACUUUCACCUUGAGGAAUUACCUGAGGGGUUCUUGUUAUCGUUUCCAGCACUUCGGAUUCUGAAUCUAAGUGGGACACGCAUAGAGUCAUUGCCUCAAUCCCUCAGCGAGCUUCAUGAGCUCAGGUCUCUCAUCUUAAGAGAAUGCUACUGCCUUAAAGAAGUUCCUUCUCUUGAAAGCCUUACAAAACUUCAAGUUCUGGAUCUCUGUGCCACUAGUAUAAAGGAAUCGCCAAGAGGGUUGGAAGCUUUGAACAGCUUGAGACUACUUGACCUCUCCCGAACACAUCACCUCGAAAGCAUUCCAGCUGGAAUCAUCCCACAGUUAACAAGUUUAGAGGUUCUAGACAUGACACUAAGUCAUUUUCACUGGGGCGUCCAAGAACAAACUCAAGAGGGGCAAGCAACACUGGAAGAGAUUGCGUGUCUCCGUCGUUUAUCGGUUCUCUCAAUCAGAGUUGUCUGCGUUCCACAUCUUUCCCCUGAGCACAGUUCUUGGAUAGAAAGGUUGAAGAAAUUUCAGCUGUUUAUUGGCCCAACAGCAAACUCCUUACCCACCAGACAUGACAAGCGGGGAGUGACAAUAAGUAGUCUCAAUGUAUCAGAGGCAUUCAUUGGGUGGUUCCUAGCGAAUACAACCUCCUUGGUAAUGAACCAUUGCUGGGGUCUCAAUGAGAUGCUAGAGAACUUAGUAAUCGAUAGCACGAGUAGCUUCAACAUGUUGAAGUCUCUAACGGUAGAGAGUUUUGGUGGAAGCAUAAGGCCCGCCGGUGGAUGUGUGGCGCAGCUAGAUCUUCUACCUAACCUCGAAGAACUUCAUCUGCGCCGUGUAAAUCUUGAAACUAUUAGAGAGCUUGUGGGUCAUCUGGGGUUGAGAUUUCAGACACUGAGACAUCUAGAAGUCAGCAGAUGCAGCCGUCUCAAAUGCCUUCUCUCUCUAGGGAACUUCAUCUGUUUCCUGCCGAACCUACAAGAGAUACAUGUCAGCUUUUGUGAUAGGCUUCAGGAGCUGUUCGACUAUUCUCCAGGAGAAGUUCCAGCCUCCGCUGAACCUGUGGUACCUGCUCUGCGCGUCAUAAAGCUGAGGAAUCUCCCGCGGUUGAAGAGAUUAUGCAGCCAAGAAGAGUCAUGGGGUUGUUUAGAACAUGUGGAAGUGAUAAGAUGCAAUCUUCUCAAGAAUCUACCCGUUGGCUCAGAUAACGCUCAUAGAGUUAAAGAAGUAAGAGGAGAAACACGCUGGUGGAACAACUUAACUUGGGAUGAUAACACUACAAGAGAAACCCUUCAACCUCGUUUCGUACCAGCUGACGGAAAUAUACCAAGUGGCUCUCUUGAUUAUGAGAGAAAUUAG